AUGCCCGGCCCCCUCCUCAACUUUACAAUCUUCACAAAGUCCACCCCACAUGCCCUGCGCGCCAUAUCGCUCGCAACCUUUGUUCCGGCCUUUAUCAUCUUGCUGAUUGCGGGUAUUGGCCUCGAGGCCGCCAAUCCUGCGAUCGGCAUCAUCCCUCUAUUCUUCAGCUCCGCAUUCAGCGCACUGCUCCUUGCCAACGAGAAGAAGUGCGGAUGUCAAGCCAGUGGUCUAACAGGCACACCGGUGCAUCUUGUAUUUGACCUAGCUCUCGGUCUGAGUCUGCUUAUGUUCACAAUCUUGGGAUGGUUGAGCAUGGGCAGUGGUAUCGUGCACUUUUACUUCGUCGGUCUCCAAGUGCAGGAGUCUCUGAACCCAGGCCAGAGCUAUCCGAUGUCAUGCCCACAAUGCCAGAACUCGUCGUUCUCGGUUGGAAAUAUCAAGCUUGCGAAUGUUACAGCUGGUUUGAAGGACGGAUAUGCGCCACUUCUUGAUCGUGAAGGCGAGCCGAGGACAAGUGUGGAGGACAGGGCGCCGACUGAGGAUGGCGAGAUAGUGUGA